AUGAAUGGUGAAGUAACCAUGGCAAGUACAGAGGGACGCCAAGCUUCACACGAAAUAGAUCAACGUCUGGAGGAUCUCGGACGCCGUGCGUACAACGAUGAGUUCUACUUGCGAUACUAUGUAGGCCACAAGGGUGAUUACGGUCACGAGUUCAUGGAAUUCGAGUUGACUCCAAGUGGAAAGCUCCGGUACGCAAACAAUUCAAACUACAGACAUGACUCCAUGAUUCGGAAAGAGGUGGACUGGGAAGAGCCACCUGAUGCAAGGCAAGAACUAGAGAUAAAAAUUGGAAAUGAGCACAUUGCAUUUACAUGCGGUGAAAUAUUGAGCCUUGUCGACAUACAAAAGAGCCCAGAUCCAGCAGGAAUGAAGGUUUUCCAUUACUUGGUUCAAGAUCUGCGAUGCCUUAUUUUCACGCUCAUAAAUCUACACUUUAAGGUUAAACCAAUCCCAACGUGA